AUGGAGCUGCAGGGAUCCCAUGCCCCAUCCGCUUCUCCGCCUCCCGUGCCGCCAAUGCCGCUUGCGAUCGACCACGCCACGCGGGCGGCGGCCACGUCGUUCCUCCGCGACGAGUUCCCCCAGGUGCUGGCGACGGCAGCGCAGUUGGCGGCAGUGGAGGACCCCGAGACAGAGCCCUACCGGUCCAAGUAUGCGGCCGCUGCUGCACUGGAAGCAUCGCGAGGCAAGGCGGAGAUGCUGCUGCGUCUCUUCCACCCGGCUGCCUCACACCACUCCACUGCUGCCGAGUCUGCACAUGCUGCACGCGAGGACGCGGCGAUGGCGGGCGAGAUAGCGGACGCGUUGGCAGUUCUGGAGUACAAGAGUGGUGCCAUCGCGGCUGACGUGGACGAGGUCACGCGCGCCAAGGGCCUGCUCAUGCACGCCCAUGCCCGCCUGCAGCUCAACGAGCCCAAACACCUUCGCCCCCUCAUUGACGUGUGCAACCUGCUGGGGCUGCUAGCGAGCAACGAUGACGACCACAAGGCGUCCCUCUCAUUCCUUGUCAGAGCACAUAAAUACUAUCAUCACUACCUCAACAUGCAGUCGCAGGCUGCAGGGGAGGCAGCAGCAGCAGACGCAAUGGAGGAGGGGGGCGGGAGUGAGCCAAGGGGGGAGGAGGAGGCGAGGGAGGUGGAGUCCCUGCACACCAUCACCACGUUCUACCUCGCUCAGACGCUGGCGGCCAUGGGCAAGAAGCAGCGCGCCGCAGCCUUCUGUGCGGCCACGCUCACGCGGCAGCUGCGGCUGCGGCAGCAGUUCCGCGCGUGGGACUGGGCGCAGAACUGCGCGCAGCUAGCGGGGUACUACCUGGGCCGCGACCACUUCAGCACGGCCCUGCACUGCCUCGCCGCUGCUGCCACCGUGCUCGCUCGCCACACGGCGGGGCAGCCCGUGCUGCCAGGGGGGAAUGGGGGGGACGUGGGGGGCGGAGGGGGGGAGGCAGGCGGGGGCGAGGAGGAGCAGGUGCGGGAGGUGGCGGCGAACAUCAACAUUGGCAUCGGGAAAGUGCACCUGCGAGUGCUGCAGCGGUCAGUGGAGCUGGACGCAGCCCAGCCUGACGCCUCCCCUGCUGCCCACGCCACCGCCACUCCCACGCCCACCCCCUCCGCUCCCACUGCCACCAGCAGUGCUAGUGCAGCCACGGGCAGCGAUGCCCCUGCUGGCGCUGCCCCCUCGGGCGCAGGUGCUGCAACGGGGGGCAUGGACGUGGACGGAGGGGGCCGGGAGGGGCAGCAGGAGGGCGAUGUGGACAUGGGGGAGGGAGCGGAGGAGCGUGAGGGGGAGGGCGGUGAGCGGUGGGCGGGCGAGGGCGACGUGGACAUUGCCCUGGGACCCGACUUCUCCCUGCUGGGACUGGACCCCAAAGCUGACACAUGCCCACGCAUGCUCGCCAAUGGGGAAGGAGCAGGGGGGGAGAAGGGGGAGGGGCGCGGGGUGGAGGGCGAGGGGGAUGUGGUGCGGGAGUAUUCGCAUGCGGUGAUCCACUUCAACAAGGCCAUGACUGCCUUCAAGGCCGCCCUCGAGGUGUACACGAGUACAGACCGCUUCUCAGAUCAUUUCGACAUCGCCAUGGACAUCAGCACGCUGCACCGGUACCUGGCGUACUAUGAGCCCAGUGCACACAGGGCAGCGCUCAUCCACCAGCGACGUGCCACGCGCCUGCUGCCCCUCGCGCCUGCCAUCAACCCCUCCGUCUACCCCACACAGGCCGCUCAGUGUGUGCACGAGGUGGCGUCCAUUGCACUCAACGCCAUGGAGCUGGAGGCGGAUGCAGCACGGCCCCCUCCCAAGAUCAUAGAGCCGGGCAAGCAGGCGAUCCAGUACUUUGAGCGCUUCAUCGCUCUCAUGCAAUCGUCCACCCCCCAGGGGUGCGACGACGUGCGCUUUGUGUACGCGCACUUCCACAUCGCGCGCACGCACUACCGCAUCUGCACUCUGCUGCCGCCCCAAGACGGCAAGGAUCAUCUGCAGCACAGCCUCAACUACUUCAGCAAGUUCUUGGAGCAUGCAGCGCGAGUGGGGUUACAAGAGCAGCUGCAGGCGGAGGUGGGGGUGGCCAAGGAGAUGGUGCAGCUGCUGCCCACCAAGCUCGCUGCUGACCUCUCACGCCUCUCCAUCUCCUGA